GAAGUCGUUCUUUUGCUAAGAGAGUCACCAUCCUCGAAUGCAGAGUCUGUCCUUUCUACGGUUUUUUUAAUUAACAUUUUGGACAGUAAAUUCGUAGAAUAAUUACAGUCGCUGACAAGUACAGUAAUAAGUACAAAGGACAUUUGUGGAAGCGGAAAUAUUUAGUGUGAUUUAGUGUCAUACCGCUAAGGGGCGAUAGCGGGUAAGGGACAGAAAGCGUCAUUGUACCGGAAGCGAAGUCAAAUCCACACGGUCUUCCACAUCAGCACAUCCGUGUUUCAUCGAAACAACGAAAACAUCGUUGAUAUACACAGUGCGGAGAAAUGGAGAUGAAGGCGGGUGACCCUUUCAGCGACGAGGCCCAGGAGAUCCCUGCAGCACGAAUGAUCAGCCGACUCUUUCCCAAGGGCUUAUCCGGGAAUGUGGCAAAGGAGUGGUUCGACCGUCAGCGGAAGUCGAUAAGGCCCUGGAACGGCUUUGUGGACCAGCGCAAGUUUUCCAAACCGAAGAACUUCGGCGAGCUGUGCCAGCGUGUCGUGCGCAACCUGGACACGUUCCACAGCAAUUACACCUUCAUCUUCUUGGCACUCAUCCUCUACUGCAUAAUCAGCUCUCCCAUGCUGCUGAUCGCUUUGGCUGUUUUCGUCGGAGCCUUUUACAUUAUCCACCUGAAGUCACUGGAGUCCAAGCUGGUUGUUUUUGGACGGGAGUUGACUCAAGGUCAUCAGUUGGGACUGGCUGGAUCAGUGUCUUUACCGGUCUUCUGGCUUGCGGGUGCCGGUGCAGCAGUUUUCUGGGUGCUGGGAGCUACGAUGGCCGUGAUCGGCACCCACGCUGCCUUCCGUGAACUGGAGCAGUCGGACAUGGAGGAGCUCCUGAUGCAGCCGGUUUAACUCCUCAGCUAUUUCAACAUCGAGCAUUGUUUUGCUUGCACAUUGUUACUGCUUUCUUAAAGGUUGUGGUGGAUGAACUAAAUAUUUAAUCAAUCACUGAUCUGUGGAUAGACUGUUAUUCUGGAAUCUUCUGUUUCACUUCAGAGAAACGGUGUCUAGGAAAUAGAUGAAACGAGCGGUUCUAAAUGCUCCUCAUGUUACAAACUGAAGGACUGCACGUGAACCAUGCAUUCAGAAAGAAACGAAUAGAAAUCAAGUCAAGGCUGAAACGAAGAAGAAACAAGGAUGCAAAUAUUAAGGAUUGAAAUAUUAUUAAGGAAGGUUUUCGGGGUUUUGGUAAAAAAUAUGUAAAAUAAACCAGUUUUUGUGUAUGAAUAAAAGGAUCUAUCCUGGUGCCGGUCAGCAUUAUUAUCAUGGUGUUGCUUAUUGAUGUUGUAAAUAGUAUCCAUAUGAUAUGCAGUAUCAAAGUCCUUUACAAAACGCAUGAUUGCCCGAGUGCUUUCCUUUGCCAUACUUUCAUUUGUAUUUUAAAUCACAUGAUAUUUUGAAUCUUCCCUUUUAUCUUUGAUCUUUCUGUGUUGUAUUGUCAUCAAACGGAAAGUGCAAUAAAGUCCGCCGCCUGUAAAA